AACUGUUGACGGUUGUGGGUCGAGAUUUGAUUGUGCGCGCAUUUAGCCAGAGAUUUGGUGAACAUUCAAUUCAAAUAAAAAAAUAACAAAACGAAGUGUUCAUUUUCUAAGUGAAAUAUUCAAAAAAUUAAAUUUAUUUUGUUUUAAUAGCAGAGAAUCUUAAGUAACAAAAUGUUCAGUUCAUUCACAGCUUCUCUUAAAAGUUUCGGUGAUAAAACCGCUAACCUUUUCAGCAAGAAAAAGGAUGAAGCCGAGAAAUUGGCUAAGGAAAAGGCCGACAAUGCACAAAAGAUGGCUGAAGAUCAGGCCAAGAAAGUAGGACAAGCAGUGCAACAAACCAAAAGUGAAGCUGAAAAUUUGGCUGCUAGUACAGCCAAAGAAGCUGCUGAACUUGCUGCCGGUGAGGCUCAAAAAGCCGGUCAAGCCGUUGAUCAUGGCGUUAACACUGCUGCUGCCGCUGUAGACAAUACUAAGAGACAAAUUGAUGCAACAGUCCAACAUGCCAACACCGUGGCUCAGAAUACCAAACAAGCUGCUGCAAAUUUGGCUGAUCAAUCUCAAAAGGCCGCUGCCAAUGCUGUUGAUCAAACUAAGAAAGCAGCCAAUGAUGCCAUCAACCAUAGCGUAAAGGCAGCUGAACAAGUUGUCGAUCAAAAAAUGAAAGAAGCUGAACACGCGGUUGACGGUGCCAUGAAAGCCACCAGUCAAGCUGUCGAUCAGAAAAUGCAUGAAGCCAAUCAAUAUGUUGAUCAGAAACGUGAGGGUUUGGAGAAGACCAUCCAUGAUUCAGCAACUCACGCACAGGAAUCUGCUGGUGCACAGGCUACCCAACUGCUUGGAAAACUUAAUUUGGGCAAAUAAAUUUAAUGCAAUUAUAAUAUAUAAAUUUAAAUAUUUGACAAGCCUGCAACAAAAGUUAGAAAUUAAAUUGUCCAUUAUUGAAAAUUCAAAACAAAAAAAAAAAACAAAAAUUGCGAAAAAUAUUGUGCUUAAAAAAAAUUAAUUGAAGGAAUUGAGAGAUUUGCUUUAUAGAGAAGAGUCCUGACAAGUGCCAGUCUUGUGAUUGUAAAAGUUUAUAAAAAUGUUAAAAUUCUUAUAAUAUGGGGGUGUGGCAUAUUUACACUACUUACCAGCUAAGAUAAAAACGAACAAUUAUAUUGAAAUGAAACAAAGUCAAAGCAUAUUAUACUAUUUUUAAACAAUAUUUAUAUUAAAAAAGAGAAAAAUUAUUUUAUUUUAAUUUCAUAAAAUCAAUUAAAAAUUGCCUUGAAAGACAUAAAAACCAGAACGUGUCCUUUUUAUAUUUUUAUAUGCAAUAUUACUUUUAUAUAAAAAUCUUUUAAGCACUUGUUUAGAAUAUUUCAAACUCACUCCCCAUCUUUUCUUAGCAAUUUCUAUUAUUGACUAUUAGAUAUAUAUAUAUAAAAAAAAAAUUAAAAAAAAACUAUUUCUACUUUUGUCAAAUUGCGGCU